GCCUGAGCACUGUGCCUGGAGGGACUAAUGUUUAAGGCUGUCCCGGGGGCUGGUGACUCCACACUCACAUCUCUGGGCCUGAUCCUCUAGAGUCUUGUGUACACAGCAGCUUUCAUUCAUCUCCAUCAGACAUACAGCCAUAUCAAGAGCUCAUAAGACGAAGGAGAGGCGCCCAUGUCCUCUCCAGUCCUGCCUUAGCCCAGUCGUCUUGGAAAGAGCACUUUUUUUUUUUUUUUUUUGGCUGCGUCAGGUCUUAGUCGCAGCACGCGGAUUUUUCUUUGCAGCGCGUGGGCUUCUCUCUAGCUGUGGCGUGCAGGUUUUCUCUCUCUAGUUGUGGCGCAUGGGCUUAGCUGACCCUCAGCAUGUGGGAUCUUAGUUCCCCAACCAGGGAUCGAACCCGCGUCCCCUGCAUUGGAAGGCGGAUUCUUUACCACUGGACCACUGGGGAAGUCCUGGGAAGGGCAUUUCUACUCUUCCUAAAUGCAGGGGUCACCAUGAUCUCUCCCCUCCUCCCCUGCACCUCUCUCCAACUCCACUCUGAGCCCCUGGCACAGCUCUGUCCUGAGGAACUCAGCAGCCCUCUAGUCUCCCUGGCCCCCUCACCUCCACUCCCACAGCCCUUCAUCCCCUCACCUCAUGGCAUUCAACAUGGGCUUUAUACACAUAAAUCAGAAGUACCACUCCCCAGCCCACCCCCGCUUAAACCCUCCAAAGACUCCCCACUCUGCAUUCACUCACUUACAUAUUUAUUGAAUAUCUCUAUGUGCCAGCCACUGUUUAGACACUGAGGAUACAGCGGCAGAUAAAACAGAAUGUCCUGCCCUUGUGGACCUCAUGGGGAAAAUUGGCAAUAAACAGGAUAAAUAGCUAUAUUAGUCACCUACUGCUGAAGACCAGAUUACCCUGAAACUCAGUGGCUUUAAACAACAGCGUGUAUUGUCUCCCAGUUUCUGAGGGUCAAGAAUCCGGUCCUGGGUGCUCUGGACCCUCGGCGCAAAAUCUCUCGAGAGGCUGCAGUCGAGCCACUGGCUGGGGCUGUGUUCUCAUCAGAAGGCUCAGCUGGGAAAGGGUCUGUGUCUCAGCUCCCUCACUGGUUGUUGGCCAGGCCUUGGUCCUUUGCCACGGGACUCCUCAUGUCAUGGUGAGCAAUUCCAGAGAAAGAAAGAAGUGACAGCCCAUCACUUCUGCCACAUUCUAUUGGCUGGAAGCCAGUUACUCAAUCCAGCCCACCCUCAGGGGAGGGCUACACAAAGGUGCAAACGCAGGAGGCACGUGGUUGGGGGCCAUCGUAGAGGCUGCUGUCACAACACGUUAAUCAGAAUGUACUCUAUGUAGUGACAAGCUGGAAAACAGAUGAAAGAGGAGAGAGGACAUGAGAUGUUGGGCCGGGUGCUGAAACUGGAUAUAAAACAAUAGGGAAGGCCUCACCGAGAAGGUGACUUUUGAGUGAACACCUGAAGGGAGUGAGUAACUCUGGGGAAAGGGGGUGCCGGGCAGAGACAACCGCGAAUGCAGAGGUCCUGAGGCAGGAGCCUCAUGGGAAGGGGCUUGUCGCGUGAGGGUUGUCGAAUAGGAGGAAGCAGGCGACGAGGCAGGCCUGGCUGCAGCCAUACUUGAAGUGCAUCAGCACAGCCUACAAACCCACCUGCCGCCCUCGUACGCCUCGCUGCGGGCACCCUGGCCUCUAGCAAAGCCCUGAGCACAGCUGCUCUGUGUCCACUAUGGGGCUUCCGCAGAGGCUGCCCCCUUUGCCUGGUACCCUCUUUCCUGGCGCGCUCCACCUCUCUCUUCUUCCAGGUCACAGGCACUUGGCACGACCUGAGGAUUGCAUGUUUCGUUUGUUUAUCUGUCCAUCCCAUGAGCUCUCACAAACUCCAGGAGAUCAGAGACCUUGUCUCUUGAUCAAGGUGUGCCCAAGGCCCGGGACAACACGAGGCAAAGAACAGGUGCUGGGUAAACAUUGUGGAAUGCAUGAACGAGUGGCGGAAGCCUGUUGCACCGGUUACCGUACUUUAUUCACUUUCGUAUUUUGACUUGUUUCAGUUGACAAUAGGAAGCUGGGUGCGAGGGGGAGGCCGCAGCAAUCAGCGAGGGGGUCAAAGCAGUCUGAGGCCAGAGCAGUGGCCGGCGCGGCCUGCGCCCAGUCAGGGUUUGCGCGAAGGGGGGGAACCCCGGACUCAGCGGGGACAGAGCAGGGGGUAAGGCUCAAAGAGACCCCGAAGUGUGCGCGGGCUCCCGAGUCCCGGAGCGCGCUGCACAGCCCUGGUCCCGUAAAACAGCUCUCAGGACACGCUGGCCCAGCCCGGGAGCCCCGCCCUGCGCACGAAGCUCCGCCCCCACCGGUGCAAGCACCGUCCCGUGACUAAGCCCCGCCCAGCGAGCCCCGCCCCGCGCAGGCCCCUUGGGCACCGCUCGGCACUGCCCCCCCCACCCCCAGCCCGCCCACUGGCACGGGCCCCGUCCCCUCUCCGGAAGCCUUCCGCCCGCGCAGGCGCCCUAGGUCCCGAGGUGGCCCUAGGUCCCGAGGCGGCCCUGGAUCCGCCCGGUCCCUCCGCCUGCCGAGGUGCCAUGGUUCCGCCGCCGCUGUCGCCGCCGCUCUGCACGCUGCCGCCCGGCCCCGGACCCCCGCGCUUCGUGUGUUACUGCGAGGGGGAGGGCAGUGGGACGUGGGAACGCGGCGCCUUCAACCUCUAUGUGACGGACGCCGCGGAGCUUUGGAGCACCUGCUUCACGCCGGACAGCCUGGCGGCCCUCAAAGCCCGUUUUGGCCUGAGUGCGGCUGAAGACAUCACCCCUCGCUUCAGCGCUCAGCCCGCCUCCUUUCCCAGGGCAGCCUGCGAGCAGCAAGCUGUGACUCUCACCCUGCAGGAGGACAGAGCAUCCCUGACCCUUUCAGGGGGGCCCUCUGCGCUGGAAUUUGAGCUCUCCAAGGUGCCGGGCCCAGAGGCAGCCUCCAGGUUGCAGGCACUGACACUGGGCCUGGCAGAGCGCGUGUGCAGCUUGGAGCAGCGGCUGGCAGCUGCUGCAGAGGAGACGGCCAGCAGCCCCAGGAAGAGCUCCCGGCAGGUGGGCCCUCCGCUCUUCUUACCAGACCCGGAUCCUCAGAGAGCUGGCCCUGGACCUGGGGUCAAGAGGCGGUGUCCGGGAGAGUCUCUCAUCAACCCUGGCUUCAAGAGGUGCCCAGCCAUUCCCCCUCCCUCUUGUGCCCAGGGUCCAUCCCUGGACCCUGCCCGCCCGUCCACACCCCCAUGGUGUCAUUCCCUCUUCUCUCCCAGCAAGAAACCAGCUGGUGGUGUAGACUUCGACGACCCCUGAAGGCGCAGCAAAAACUGUGACCGUCGGGAGGCUGCUUGCCAGGGGAGGGGCAGCCCCUGGGACCCUCCCACUGGCACCUGCCCAUCCCGCUGCCAGGCAGGAACAGGCCUGCUCCUCCAGCCCCUUCCCCAUCAAAUAAACAUCUUCAUCUGGCGGAGGUCACAGAGGUCAGGGCCAGGCUCUGGUUCCUGGGGGCUGGCUCCAGGAGAGGUUCGGGGAUUGCCAGGCCUGCGGUCUGGGCGUGGGGCCGCGUCAGGCUCUGCGCUCCAUGGUGGAGCUGCCCGGCUCUCCCCACCUGCCCAGCUGUCCCUGCCUGGCCAGCCCAGGAGCCAAGAAGGUUGUGUGAGGUGGGGCUGGGGCUCUGAGAGGCUAGAACUCUGCUCUUGUCCCUCCGGGCACACGCCUCCCUGAUGCAAACCCCACGAGAUGACCAGGGAGAUGGGGGUGGCCUGCCUGCCACCUGGGGCAGAGCUGAGGAAUAUGGGCCCGCCCUCCGGCCUGGAGACCCAAGUUGCCCAGACGGGGCUCUGUUCCCCACCCUCCCCAGCCAUCCUGCCGCCCCACCCUGGCCUGACUGGUUUGGGAGCCCAAUCCAGUCCCGCCAUCCCUGAGGAGUGGGGGUAUGGACCGCACGCCGCCCACUGGGUUCUUUGCCGGUCCUUCCUGGCUGUCAUCUGGAGCUGAGCGUCUCACGGUGGGAGUUUGGGGGUGGCAGAAAUUGCGGGGCUUCUGGUCCUCGUAUGUCCGUACCCGCUCACUGAGGCAGAGAUGCCUUUCUGGGGCUGCAGAGGAGCGGGCGGGUGGCGGGGAAGGCGGGCGCGCUAGCGGGGGCGCACGGCGGGCCGGUAGGCCGCCAGGAUCUCGGCGCUGUGUGGACACGUGUAGUUGAACUCUUUCUCCUGCAGGGCGUUGUCCGGGUAGCGGCGGACGCCGCGCAACUCAGAGGGGAUGGGCGCCUGGCGGAAGUGCGCGCACACCGUCUGCGGGCGAGGGGCGCGGUCGGGGUCUCCUCGAGGGUCCGCCCCGCCCAGCUUUGCCCCCCCCCCGGCCCGGCGCUCCCGUUCACGGUGUGCAGCUUGGGCAGCAGCCCGCAAUCGACCAGCGUGAGCUGGUCGCCGUCCACAAACCGGUGGCGUGACUCGCGCAGCUGCGGCUCCCGCGCCAGCUCGUGCUCCAGGGGCGCGCGCAGGUAGCUGUCCAGCUUGGCGAGGGCGCACAGCAGAUGCUGGUACAGGGCUGGGGGCGGGGAGCGCGGUGAGGAGCCGGCCGGGGGCGCCACUCCCCCCAGCCUCGCCGUGUCUCCAGAUCCUCCUCAUCAUUGUCCAGCGCGGGCACCGGGUUCUUGAUGAAGGCGGAGAAUUUGUGAAAGACGUCAUUGCCCGCCGCGGUGGACUCCUUGUAUCUGGGCGCUAGGCUGGGGAAUCUGAGGGUGGAGGGGUUUUGGGUCAGACCCUUGCUGCCCCUUGCGGGGCCCCGGGCUCUGUCCUGGGGGUGUCCUGCCUGAGGGCCCCAUCUUGCCCCUCCCACCGCACCGGGCCCUCAUUCUGGGGGGCCCAGCGUCUCCUCCAGAAACUCCUCAAUCUGCAGCGUGUCCGUUUUGGCGUCGCCGUCAUACAGCAGGACGGGCAGCUGUGAACCCGGGGCAAAGUCUUUCAGCACAUCUGGGGACCUGUGGGCACAAGGCAGGGUGCCAGCGGCUGGCACAAGGAGGGCCAGAGCCAGCAAGAGGUUCCCGGGGCAGGGGCUCACCUGCGGGGUCCACGGUGGCGAGUGUGAAGGACACGCCUUGAGAAGCAGGAUCGUGGGGCCUCUGACAAGAAGGGCGGUGACCCACGCUCUCGCUGUCCUCGCUUGCCUGGAUGGGAGGCGUAGAGGGGCGUCGCAGCAGGGAGCACACCCAGGAGCCCCGCGGCCUCCCACUGCCAAGAGGUUGGAGCAAGGCUAGGGCUCCAACUCAGUUGGGCAUGGCCUGGACAAGCGGCCGCGAGGGCCCUUCACUCGGUCCCUGGGAGGCGGGGAGGGCUGCAGCGCUGCUGAGAGCCUGGAGGCUGGGCCAGGGCACCGGGGUGAGGGGUGCAGAGGCGGGAGCCUGGCUCUGGAGCUUGGUCCCUCGGCCCUUAUCUUCAGAGCAUGGGCUGAGGCCAGGCCCCUGGGCACCAGGGCCUGCAGGCUGGUCGCAAGGGGUGGGACAAGUGAGCUGUUUCCGGAGUGAUUCACUUUGCUGCACCGGGUACCUCGCUGCCCCGGGCUUCAAGGGUGGGAGGAGGCCAGGCCCUGGCAGCCCCUCACUGGGGUCGGCAGAUCUAGGCACGGAGGCUGCCUGGCACAGCCCCUCUUCUGCUGCAUUGACCCCAGCCUCCACCGGGCCUCGGCACUGCUCCCUGCCUGCUACGUGCCCGCCCCCCAGGGGCUUUUCCUUCAGGAGGGCUGGGCUGUGCCCGGGAGUCAAGGCUGGGAGUCAGGGUGAGGCCACCCCAAGCCCUUUGGGAAUGGUUCACCGGCGCUACCCCCCUCGCCGCCCCCACCUACGCAGCCUCCAAGGACAGCCAGAGCCUAGCGCAGGGCAAGGGGUGCGGACCGUGCCGCAGAGACCCACCCUUCAGCCCUCCCCAGACCUUCCUGCAGCCCGGCCAGCCCGGCACCUUGACAAACAGCCGGGCUUGGCGGUCUCAGCCAUGGUGGGGAGCUUCGAGCGGCGGCAGGGCCUGGGCGAGGACGUGCGGAGCUCCCUUUAAGGGUCCCCGAGCGCCCCGCCCUCCCCGGCCCGGGAGCCCGCCCUGUGGAGUCACCUAGGUGGCGCACAGGCAGCCAGGGCUCAGUGCCGGCGUGAGGGUGUGACCGUGGAGAACUGAGUGCUGGGAGCUGGACCGGGGGCGCCACGGCUUGGGGGGCGGAGUGGUGGAGGAGGCCAGUGCACUGGCAGUCGGGGUGCCGACCUGGGAGGGGGCAGCUCUGGAGCAGGGCCGCCCCCACCGUGAGCCCAACAGCCC